AUGGGUGUCGACCCACUAUCACCAAUUGCGCCAGUGCGCCUGAGAGCGCUUCUGCUUCCAAUUGGAAAAAUCAAGCGCUCGCGCUUCCUGAGUUUCGCCGCCAGACUUCAAGCCGAGAAUGUGGUCCGAUUAGGGGACAUCAGUCCCGAUGCUCGGCCAAACCGAAACAUGUUCUCGCCGCUCGCAUUUCCCACCGGAAUGAUUCUAUACGACCUUUCCUUCUCGGUCCCACCAACCUCGCACCUCGAGCUGUUCCCCUUUGAAAUUUACCGAGAACCCCUUGUCAUAAUUGCCAUCGCCGACGGAACAGAGCUGCCCAACAGUUCGGGGGUAGAAAAAGAGAAGCCUCCGACACCAGAGGGGCUUGAUCAACUACUGGAAGAGCUCAGCGCAGCCAAAGAAGCGAGCCCGAGGGCUCUAGUCAGCCAACUUUUGGUAUUCGAUUAUGAGGGCCUAGAUAAACUAACGAAUGGGCCGGAGAAUGUCCUCUGGGUGCCUCGUCCUCAAGCAUCGAAGGCCACCACGAUGAAAACAGUUUUGUGUGAUAUCACCUCGGUCUUGCUCUCCGAACUGGAUGAUUUUGCAAAAACAAUGCAAAAUAUCCCGUCGAUUGAAUCGCCCAAAGCUUCUUCUUGGGGCCCACACCGAACUCCAGAGCUACGACCGCGGCCUGUGGAUCGAUUGUUGAAUCGGAUGACUUUGCCUACGCAGCUGCCGCCCAACCCCAAUGGGACACCGGAGACCCCAUUGAGCUCGAACGCCAGCUCACCGGCCCCUAGUGACCACGAAACCCCUACAACAUUUGAUGAGAUCACGCGGUCCAUUCACCUGACCAGUCGCACAAAUUCGGGCGGGAAGCCUCCCUCAAUAGCAUCGCCCAAGGAGCAAAGUCGUGACCGUAUGUCUGUGAGCGGAUUGAGCGCCACAGACAGAACCAAGAAUCGUAUCAAGGGCCGUGCUGGGGUUGUCAUUGGCACUCUUUUCCUGCAGGCAGGAAGAUGGCCGGAUGCCCUUAAGGAACUAAUUGAAGCCGCAAACAAUGCCCGCGCGGGCAGUGACUAUAUUUGGCAUGCCAAGGCGCUCGAAUCUCUUCUUCUCUGUCUCCUGAUGUUUGGAUGGGCAGGAAUGGACUUUCAGAUCCCAUCUGUUCUGUAUCCUGUGGCCGAUAAAUCUUCCAAACCACUCCGUGACUCCAACCCCACCCCAUCUUCGACUGGCAAUCGCAUCAUCUCUCUCCAGAAUCUGGCCAAUCUGUUGCCAGACCUUUCCAACACCAUUGUGAAUCUUUAUAACCGUGCCGCCAACAUCACAGAUGAACCACUUCCUCAAUUGGUAUUCUCAGAGACAGUUAUUCGGUUAUCAAGACUGCUGGUAUCAGCUCGUAUCCGUGAUGGUGCUCUCGACGAUAAUGCCCUGAAGCACAUCGUGAUGAACGAGCCUCUCAUCCCUCUGCAUCAGCCGGAACUGCCUCGGGGGACAGUUCUUCUGCGAAAGUCUGAGAUCGCAAACUUAAUAUUUCGAGCAUUGCCACUUGCCCCUAGCUCGGAUGUGCCCGCCACUGAUGCCGUGCCCAUAAUAGUUGGGGUUGUAUCCGUCUUGAACACUCUUGAUCUGCCCAGAAAGAAAGCUUUCAUUUUGCGGGAGCUUCUCUCGGUAAUGGUGCCAAGUCUUGUGCAGGCACGGAAAAUCGGUGCGGCGGAGGUUGGCAUUCACCCUGCUGCCGGGCUAGCGUCUCUUAGCGACACCGCAUUUGACGUCAAUGCUCUCGACGUGGGCCCUGGGAACAUGGAAGCAAGUGUGCGUCUACUUCUCGCUACGAUAGGGGAGAUAUAUGGGGUUCAGCCAUCAGCAUUCUUCGAGUGGGAGAAAAGACAGAGCCAAUCCUUUGCUCUCGGUGGGUCCCAGGAGUGUCCCGAAUAUGAUUCAGUCUCCGGAAUUGCGGAACGAGCAUUUCGACACCUCGCUCUGGAUAGAUACGGUGAUUUGAACUUGAAGAUUGACGUACUCAAGGCAUGCAUCAACUGCUGCGAGGCUCUCCCCGACUUUGGUGGCGUUCUUCGCUUCACAGUCGAGCUCUUGCAGACAAUUAGAGGGGAUCUGAUGCUGAGUGAAGCCCAUAAACUCCCACCUUAUCUGCCACCAGAUGAGCAAAGCCGUCUUUUGAAUAAUAUUAGACGAACCGUUGGCGCUGCAAACAGACUUGGUGCAUCGAGCAUGGCCGCUGAGUACUGGGAUGACUUCCUUGUUCGUGAUGUGCAACUGCUGGCCCUCCCCGAUCCCCGACGGCCUGUUCGUCGAUACAAAACCGAAUUGGAUGCAGUUACGACGGGCUCUGAGAAAUCGAAGAAAGAUCCAUUCCUUUAUAAUCCUUUUGCCAAGCCCAGCAGCAAGGCCCUGGAGAUGCUUAUGGUGACUGAUGAGCAAGCUACGUUCCGAGUGACUCUUCAGAAUCCCUACGAAUUCGAAAUCGAAAUCGAACAUUUGCAACUUGAAAGCCAAGGAGUGUUCUUUGAGGCCGUGGCUGAAAACAUCACCCUUCCUGCUCUUUCUUUACAGGAUAUCACUGUCCUGGGUGUCGCUCACGAAGAGGGCAACCUUGACAUUACCGGAUGCAUUGUGAAAGUGCGGCACUGCCGAAUGCGAAGAUUCCCCAUCUUCAGGACUUAUUGGAAGCCUGAACCUGAGAUCAAAUUCAAACGAACCGGGUUGGCCGCGAAAAAGCCGCUCAACGAGCGCCCAGUUUCCUGGAGCUCGACGACGUCAAAAGAUGGAAAGGUGUCCGCGAAAAAAGGACCCGAGGGGGAAACGUGCCCGGUUAAAGUGAUUGGGAAACAACCAUCACUCCUGAUUGAAUCAAUGUCUCUCUCGCAAUCGGCGAUGAUGGUCUUGGAGGGCGAAGUCAGGCCUUUCACCAUCACUCUCCAAAACGUCUCGUCAUGUCCCGUUGAUUUUGUCUUGUUUACCUUUCAAGAUUCAACCACCAGACAGCUACAAUCCGCUCUCAGCAAUAAGGAUCUGCUGCCGGUCGAGGUCUACGAGCUCGAGCUGAAACUAGCAACCCGGCCAGCCCUACAGUGGCUCCGUGAGGGUCAAGAUUCUAACGAUUGCUCGAUUCCGCCGGGACAGCAGGCAACGUUCACGGUUGAUGUUCUGGGGAAACCUGGGUUGCAGGACACGACCGUACAAAUCGAUUACUCGUGCGUGGGUUUGAGUGAUGGUGGCCUGCCGGACAUAUUUUAUACCCGGCAGCUAUUUGUGCCACUGACGGUUACCGUUAAUGCCAGCGUGGAAGUUGCUCGCUGCGAUAUUCUGCCCUUCAGUGGCGAUUUUGCCUGGCGAAACCAUCUGGAUUCACCCUCAGGCUCGGAGCAGGAGACGUCAAAUUUGCCUUUGUCUGCCACUGACAAAGAUCCAUUCUCGCAGGUUCUUUCUCGUCUCGGUAAUGGGACGUAUGGACCUGAUCACUGUGUCAUCCUGCUUGACCUCCGCAAUGCGUGGCCAAGCCCUCUCUCGGUCUGGCUGCAUGUCAGCGAGCACUCUAUGCCGGCGCUUUCACCUUCCACGGCACCGAACGACGACCUUGAUGGGAAAUAUUCUGUCAGUGGAAAUCUGCAACCCGGCCAAGUAUGUCGGUUCGUCCUUGUGCUUCCUCGCAUUUACUUGGACAAUCCCCAUGCCUCGAUUCCCGUCGUCAACACCGGCACGCGGAGACAGUUCGUUGUGAGUGCCAACAAACUGUCGUUCGAAGCCGAGGCCGCCUCCCGAGAGGCAUUCUGGUUCCGAGAAGAACUCCUCAAACGAGUCCUCGGAGGCUGGAAAGAACCCGCCACAGGCCGCGAGGGAACCAUCGACCUGCGAAACGUUCGCCUGAACUCUCGCAUGGUGGAAGCCAUGCGCCUUGAGGACAUUGAAAUGACCUUUAACCUCGCCGCCUCUGAAUCUGCGUCCUCCUCAGCCAAUGAAUCCUCCACCACAGUCUCCCAAUCCGGCCGUUCACGCUUCCACGCUCAGACCGACGAACUCCUCACUCUUACUGUCACCGUCCACAACCGCUCCUCCCGUCCCAUCCACCCCCUGCUUCGCCUCCAGCCGAGCCUGCGCCACCAGCCCAACAACGUCGCCCUGGAUCUCACCCGCCGCCUCGCCUGGACCGGCAUGCUGCAACAGUCUCUCCCCACUCUCCAGAGUGGCGAGUCCACACAGGCUUCUCUCGGCGUGACGGUUCUUUGCCGCGGUGAAUACGAGUUCGGCGCUAGUGUCGAGGAAGCCAGGGUUCUGUGGCCUUUCAGCGGUAACCAGGCAUCUAGUUCGCUUCAGAGUGGUUCUGAUCCUGCCGCUCGUCUUCAUGAUGAUGCCGGCAUCCAGGAUACCUUUGGUACGGAUGUCGUCAGACGACGCCGCAUUUGGCAUGCGAAGGAGACAUGUAUCAUCCAUGCUCGGAGUUAA